CUCCCUCCCUCAAAAAUCAAGCGAUCUAAUCUCUCUUCAAGUCUUCCUCUCUCUCUCUCUCUUCAAGUCUUCCUUCAAGCAAUCUAUCAGAAAAACUUCCCAUUUUGGUUUUCUUAUAUUUAUUUACAUCCUCAAAUCCUUCUAGUUCAUUAUUCUGUUUCCUUUCUUGUGUUCUUUGCUUCUGUUAAUUAAAUUCUCCUGAACUUUAUCUCAUUUCUGUUCAACAAUGGCUCAAAUGAAAGAUGCCCACAUCGUAGAAAUCCCAGUAGAUGAAGAGCACCAACAGAAACUGAUAUGUGCCAUGAACACAAUAAAAGCAAUUCAAAACCACCCAUUAGCAGAAAUUUCUAAUAGUCCGGGCCAUCUUUUGCUUCUCAAGCUAUGGCAAAGAGAAGAGGAUCUUUUUGGCCGUAGAAUUGCUUUGAAAGAGUCAAGAAUGGACUCUAUCAAGCGCGAAAUCUUUCAACUUUGUUGCUUCUUUUUAGUCUUUCAUGGGUUUUUCUUAACUAUUUUGUUUACCUCUUCUGUUGAUAGUAAAGAGCAUUCUUGCAAGAAUUGGUGGAUACCUUCUCUUGUGUCUGUCUGUACUUCGCUUGUAUUUGUGUUCUUGGUUCAGGUCAAGGUUUGCAGGUACUGGAAGGUGUGGAGGCAAUUGCAAAGAGAGAAGAAUGAUAAUAGAGCUCUUACUAGGUGUAUUCAAGAGUUGAGAAUGAAAGGGGCUAGCUUUGAUUUGUCAAAAGAGCCACUGAGCGGAAAGAAAAUGAAGAGCUCAAGUGUUGAGAUCAAAUGGAAACCACUUACUUGGUGUUCACAGUAUUUGAUUACAAUUUGUCUUGUUUGUUUCACAGGUUUGGUGUUUCCUGCUUCCAAAUUCAUGCUUUGCUGAUUCUGACCAGGGAAGGUUGCCAGCCUGUGGGUUUCUCCCGAGUUGGUGCCCAGACUGAAGGUUGUGAUGAUCUUGUUUAAUCUACAACUACGUGGAAUUUGCUGGCGAGUUCUCUGAUUAAUAACUCGAAGGUCUUUUCUGCACCAUUCAUCCAAGAGUUUGUGGUGCUGGAUUUCGGGAGGUUUGAUAAUGUCAUUGCGUCAUCGCCGUCUUUGAUCUCCUCGAGGGGAUGAAGCAUUUUUGGUCCGAUCAUUUGUUAGUUGGAGUUAAUUUUACUGACUAAAAAGGAAAUCGGUCAGAUUCUUCCUGAAUUCCAGUGCGGAUGCUGAAACCAGAACAAUGAUGCCUGGUGUACAGUAAUAGCAAUUCCCUUCUGCAAAAUGGUGCAAGUUCAAUUUCAAUUUCAAUUACCCUAGCAAUUCCAUCUUGUAGCAGCAUCCAUUUUCUGCAAUGUUAACUUUGAGCAAACAGAAGACAUUUUAUGGGACAUUUGAUGAGGCUGUUGGCACCCUGCUUGCGACUGCAAAUCCUUGCUUAGCUAUAAAUGAUAAAGUCUUGUACACUUCCAGAUUGUUUUUGAAUAAGCAGCAACACAGCUUGUGUUGUGCGUGCAGUUCUAGCUGUACAACGUUGAAAAAUUCAAUUCUUCUCAUCAAUAAAAGGAUGUUUCUUUUCAGAAA